GAGAGAGGAGGCGAGAUGAGUUGCGUGCUAAAGACGCUGACGACGAAGAAGGAAAUCGACACCGUCAUCAGAGACACCAUCGACAAGGUGGUCGUCCUGCGCUUCGGCCGUGCCACCGACUCCGUCUGUCUCCAGCUCGACGACAUUCUUGCAAAAUCAGCGAGGGAGAUAUCAAAGUUCGGCGCUGUGGCAUUAGUUGAUAUAGACGCAGAGGACAUUCAGGUUUACGUCAAGUAUUUCGAUAUCACUUUGAUCCCGUCCACCGUUUUCUUCUUCAAUGCCCAUCACAUGAAGAUGGAUUCUGGGACUGCUGAUCACACUAAGUGGGUGGGUGCAUUUCAUAGAAAGCAGGAUUUCAUUGAUGUUGUUGAGGCAAUAUUUAGAGGGGCAAUGAAAGGCAAGUUAAUUGUGAAUUGUCCUCUACCCCCAGAGAGGAUACCAAAAUAUCAGUUGCUAUACAAAGAUGUCUAAUCUAAAAGCAAUCCUCCUGUGGACCUUUACAUAGUUCAACGUUGUAUAUUGCUGUUCCAUUAUACAUAUAGAUCUGAAAAUUUGGAACAUACAUGACUGCUUGCUUGUUUGCUAAUCUAGCUCGCCCUCUUAUUUUCUCUCCUGUACUCUACUUUUGUUACCACAAACCAUGGACAAAAGAAGUGCACACCCACCCCCUGCAGGCCUUUCAGACAAACCAACAAGGUCAAGCUGAUGUGUAAUUGAGUCCAAUAUCCAUUUGCGAUUCUUGCUUGACCUGAAGGAAGAGGAGAAGCAAGAAGGCAGCAGGUUCACCUUGUCGGUAUAAAAUCAUGGGGCUCAUGGUUGCACACAGAGCCCAAGGCAGCAGCGAACGUUUCUACUUAUUUUCCUAUUUUAUUCUAAUUCGAAUGUCUGCUUUAAUAUCCAAUUAUUACCAAUUGUAUUUUUAUAAUCUUUUUUCCAACUAGAAGUGAGAACAACUUGUAAUUGUCCUAUGCUUUGUGUCAUUCAGACCAUAGAAACUAAUGGAUGACAAAACAAGAUUUCAGAUCA